AUGGCGGGCCUUAAUGGCUGGAAUCAAACAUCCAAUGUUCCCAGUUUUGCUCAAAUGCUAAAGAGAAAUUUGCCAGUUCAGGCAUUACCUUCUGUGCACCAGUCUGCAACAUCCUCGGAGUACUGUGAAAAGAGCGAUGGAAUUGCCAGAAUUACUCCAGUGACAGGUAACUUUCCUGAACCAUUUUUGAGCAAGGUUAUACUACCUCCCCCAUCAUCACUGGCACCUAAAACAGUACCAAGGGAGUUUAUAAUAAAGUAUAAGCGUGGUGAAUUGAAUCCAGUUUCUGCUUUACACCAGUUUAUUCAGAUGCAGCGUAUGGAUCUUGAACUGAAAGAGACUGUUACUACGGGAAAUGUGUUUGGUGCUUAUUUUGCAUUCUGUGCCAUUGUUGAUGGGAUUCAGUACAAAACUGGAAUGGGACAGAACAAAAAAGAAGCAAAAUCAAAUGCUGCAAAAUUGGCUUUGGAUGAACUUCUUCAGUAUGAAGAAUCUCAAUCAUAUGAAAGUAAAAAUACAAGUCUUUCUGGAGGCCCUCCAUUGUUACCUGUGGAGCCAUCGGUAUCCACCGAGAAGUCAUGUGCUUCAAGAAAGCCAGUUGAUAAACGUUCAUUUGUUCAUGAACAGAUAACGCAAGUGAUAAAGGAGAAGUUUAAUGAACUGGUAUCUGACCAUCCAGAUUAUGAAAGCUGUGGAAAUUCUUUAGCUGCAUUUGUGAUAGAAAGGGAUGGACAGCAGUGGGAAGUAGUUGCACUGGGCACUGGAGAGUUAAAUUUCGGACAGAAUACUCAGAACGAUGGGAGAAUUGUUCAUGAUUCACAUGCUAUAGUUUCCGCAAGACGUUCUUUGCUAAGGUAUUUUUACAGACAACUUCUCCUCUACUACAGUGGCAAUAGUGGCAUGAUGAAAAAGUCUAUAUUCUGCCGAGAGGCUUCAACUGACCUCCUUGCUCUUAAGCAGAAUUUGAAUCUUUGCCUAUAUAUGAAUCAGCUUCCAAAAGGAGCUGCCCAAGCCAACUCACAAUUGUAAGUCUUUAACAUCUUAACUCCCCUUUCUCUGUCUGCGCAUGAAUCAAAUGACCGAUUAAGUCUUCAUAUUUCAGUGGAGGACAAAAAUUAUCCUGUAGCAUACUUCCCUCGUGACAUUACCACUCACAUAACCAGUAUGUCUCCCACAGACAAAUUGACAAAAUGGGAGGUUCUGGGAGUUCAAGGAGCACUCUUAAGUAUUUUCAUACAGCCAGUGUACAUCAGCAACAUUAUUGUUGGUAAUGCAAAUUGCACAGAUACAAGAGGAUUGGAAAUUGCUAUAAAGCGUCGAAUUGAUGACACCCUAACUUCGAGAUUGCCUAUGUUUUACCUUGUACACAGACCGUACAUAAGCAUUGUAACAGCUGUCCACCAAACUCAGGGUGUUGCUGUAAAUUACAGACUCAGUGUGAACUGGUCACAAGGAGACAGUUCAUUGGAAAUUGUGGAUGCACUGCAAGGAAAAAUUAUUGAAAGUUCACCAUUUAAAAGUGGCCGUUCAAUGGCAAGCCGUCUUUGCAAAGCUGCAAUGUUAAGUCGCUUUAACCUGCUUGUAAAGGAAGCAAAAAGGGACAAUGUCUUUCGUGGUCUGUGUUAUCAUGAAGCAAAGAACCUCUCGGGAUCAUACCAAGAAGCAAAGUGCUUGCUGAAGUCCUAUUUUGAACAACACGGUCUUGGACCUUGGAUUGUGAAGCCAAAAGCUAUUGAGAACUUUGCCAUGUAAUCAUAUAAUUUUGCAAGAAA